CGGCGCAGCUUGGGUUGGGUUGGGCUUUCGGUUCGUUCGUUUGGCUAACAAGUGAACACCACACCGAACACCGGCAUUCGCUGACAGACGUGCGCCGAUGAAGCAGCAACAAGUUACUGGCCCUGGACAGCAAUAUAGACCGCAAACGGCAUCCCACAUACAACAAAUACGUACUACAUAUAUAUACGCAUAAAAGCGAAGAAUGGGAGGCUGUUGCUCAAAGGAUUUGGACGACAAACGCUCCUGGAGUCCCGAGGAGACCAAGAAUGGCAGCACCACAUCGACCAUCAUUGCCCAGCCGCUGGACGAAGUGGGCUCCACCGGCGUCUUCACAUUAACACGCACCACCACUAGCACCACGCGGCAGGAGAAGACGGUGACCACCACCAACGAGGAGCAGGAGCAGGACUAGCUGCCAGCAGAUUAACAUGGAAACCAAAACAUUUUUUUUAAACCUUUUUGUUGAAACCAAUUCAAUGCCAAUGUGUGCGUGAGUGUGUGCGUGAGUCUGUUGCGAGUGUGUGAAUACUAUUAAAAUAAAAAAAUAAAUGUACAUACGAACAAUGUGAAUAUGAAUAUGAAUCAAGUUAAGCUGUUAACGAGUAAUAAUUAACUGUUAUGUGCCUGAAUUUCAAUUUCGUAAUAAAUUGUUGAAUCGCUAAA